AUUACUCAAAAAGAGAAAGUGGUUUGUUUGUUUUUCAAUUCAUAUGUAGAAAAAGAAAACAUCAUUAGCAAAUAAAUAAUAUUUAAUUAAAAGAGGAAAAAUGGGGGCAUAUAGAGCUGAUGAAGAUUAUGAUUAUUUGUUUAAAGUUGUUCUUAUAGGUGAUUCUGGUGUUGGCAAAUCAAAUUUGCUUUCUCGUUUUACAAAAAAUGAAUUUAGCCAAGAAUCUAAAUCUACAAUUGGUGUUGAAUUUGCUACAAGAACAAUUCAUGUUGAUGAUAAGAUUAUCAAAGCUCAGAUUUGGGACACUGCUGGUCAAGAAAGGUAUCGAGCCAUCACUAGUGCAUAUUAUCGAGGAGCAGUGGGUGCCUUACUUGUUUAUGACAUUACUCGUCAUGUAACAUUUGAAAAUGUAGCAAGAUGGCUCAAAGAACUCAGAGACCACACAGACCAAAACAUCGUCGUCAUGCUCGUCGGAAACAAGGCGGAUCUCCGCCACCUCCGAGCCGUCCCCACAGGAGAAUCGAGCGGUUUUGCAGAAAGAGAGAACACAUUCUUCAUGGAAACAUCUGCACUCGAGGCACUCAAUGUUGAAAACGCCUUCACAGAAGUACUCACUCAGAUAUAUCGAGUUGUUAGUCGAAAAGCUCUUGAUAUAGGAGAUGAUCCAACUUCUGUGCCAAGAGGACAAACAAUUAACAUUGGGAAAGAUGAUGUAUCUGCUGUUAAGAAGGGUGGAUGUUGUUCCGGUUAAGC